UAGGAUUUUUGGGUCACAAUUGUAAUGUUACAUGUGUUAGGGCCAUUAUGUAAUUAGCCAAAGCAUCAGUGGUCUAAUUAAUAAUAUAUAAGUCUAUGGCUAAAAGCAUAAAUAUCAUGAAAGACAAUUUAUUGUGUAGAUACCAUAAGUCAAUAUCUAAUUUGAUGAGGGGCCAAAUUAGAAAAUUGAAAAAUAGGAAAUAACCCUAAGGUUAUUUAUAGGGGUUAUGGUCCCCAAUUGCAGAAUAACGUGAAAACGGCGCUCAUACAAAAGUUCUCUCUUCAUCCCCAUCAGAGGAGGUUUCAGGAGCCAAUAAGGAAUUCUGCGGUUGGAAGAUCACACAUACCCGUGACCUUUGAUCAUCACCUAUGGCGAACUCGAACUCAGCUACAAUUGCUUCAAUAUCUGCUAAUCUGAAUUCGGUUCCGGUCCUUAAUGGGGCAAAUUUCAAGGACUGGAAAGAGGACAUGAAAAUUGUUCUUGGCUGCAUGGAUUUCGACCUUGCAUUAAGAAAGGAGCAACCUACUUCUCCUACGGAAACUGCUACCUCUGAACAGAAGGCAUAUUAUGAGAAGUGGGAUCGCUCCAACCGCAUGUGUCUAAUGAUCAUUAAGCGCGGCAUUCCUGAGGUCUUUAGAGGUACUAUAUCAGAAGAUAUAACUAAUGCUAAAGAUUUCCUUGCUGAGAUUGAAAAGCGCUUUAAGAAAAGCGAUAAGGCGGAAACAAGUACUCUUCUUCAGAACUUGAUUUCCAUGAAGUAUCAAGGCAAAGGAAAUAUAAGGGAAUAUAUCAUGAGCAUGUCGAAUAUCGUUUCAAAACUUAAGGCACUAAAGCUUGAGCUGUCUGAAGACUUACUCAUUCAUUUAGUAUUACUUUCUCUUCCUGCACAGUUUGGUCAGUUUAAGAUAUCUUAUAACUGUCAGAAGGAGAAAUGGACUCUUAAUGAGCUCAUUUCAUUUUGUGUGCAAGAAGAGGAAAGGAUGAAACGUGAUAAAACAGAAAGUGCUCAUUUUGCUAGCACCUCUAAAGACCAGGGCAAAAGAAAGAAAACUCAUGAGCCCAAGAAUGAAGCUGCAAGUGUUCCAGCACAAAAGAAACAAAAACAGGAUGAAAAUUGUUUCUUUUGCAAAGAAUCUGGACAUGUGAAGAAGAAAUGUUCUAAAUAUCACGCUUGGCGUGCAAAGAAAGGGUUGCCUAAACUACCGGAAGCCAAAUGAUGUUGAAAGAUACAUCUAUGUUGGAGAUGGCAAGUCGGUGGAGGUGGAAGCUGUGGGGCAUUUUAGAUUAUUAUUGUGUACUGGAUUUUAUUUGGAUUUAAAAGACACUUUUGUUGUACCGUCAUUUAGACGGAAUUUAAUUUCAGUUUCUUAUUUGGACAAAUCAGGUUAUUUGUGUUCAUUUGGGAAUAAUAUGUUUAAGUUGUCUUUUAAUUCAAAUAUUGUUGGAACUGGUUCACUUAUGAGUCAUGAUAAUCUAUAUUUGCUUGACACAAUAGCUACCUAUGGCGAAUCCUUGAAUGUGGAAUCACGUGGUACUAAGCGUAAAAUUGAUAAUAAUAAUUCAGGGACAUUAUGGCACAAGCGUCUUGGUCACAUCUCUAAAAAUAGAGUUGAACGACUAAUAUCUGAUGGAAUUUUAGAUUCCAUUGACCUAUCGAACUUUGAUGUUUGUGUUGAAUGCGUUAAAGGUAAACAGACCAAAACAAAGAAAUUUGGUGCAUAUAGAGCUACGGAUGUCUUAGAAUUGAUACAUACGGACAUUUGUGGACCAUUUCCGACACCUUCUUGGAACGGUCAACAAUAUUUUAUAUCAUUCAUUGACGAUUAUUCUAGAUAUGCAUACAUAUUUCUUAUACAUGAAAAGUCUCAAUCAUUGGAUGUGUUCAAAUCAUUUAAGGCUGAAGUUGAAAAUCAACUCAACAAAAGAAUUAAGAAAGUCAAAUCUGACCGCGGCGGUGAAUACUACGGCAGAUAUGACGGUUCAGGUGAACAACGUCCAGGGCCUUUUGCCAAAUACCUAGAGGAAUGUGGAAUCGUUCCACAGUACACCAUGCCAGGAUCACCUAGCAUGAACGGUGUUGCUGAAAGACGAAACCGGACUCUUAAGGAUAUGGUAAGGAGUAUGAUUUGUCAUUCUACUUUGCCAGAGUCACUCUGGGGAGAGACACUAAAGACUGCAGCUUACAUAUUAAAUAGAGUACCAACAAAGGCAGCUACCAAAACACCUUAUGAGCUUUGGACUGGACGAAAGCCUAGUCUAAAACAUUUUCAUGUGUGGGGAUGUCCAGCUGAGGCAAGGCCUUAUAGGCCAAAUGAAAAGAAAUUGGACUCCCGAACAGUGAGCAGCUACUUUAUUGGCUAUUCUGAAAGAUCUAGGGGCUACAAAUUUUAUGAUCCCAAAUUAAAUUCAAUUUUUGAGACGGGAACGGCUACAUUCUUUGAGGAUAUUGAGUUUGGGGGGAAGAAUAAGGUUAGAGACUUUGUCUUAGAGGAAGAAUCGGUAACAAUUCCAGAACCGAUUCAUAUAGUUGCUUUUGAUCAAGCAAAUACAGAACCUCCACAAGACAUUGUUGAAAUUCCUCCAACUCAAGAUGAUUUGGUAAUUCAUGAAGAACAAACUCAAGAUCCUCAAGAACAAGUGAUACAAGAACCAAUACAAUUGCGGAGAUCCACUA